GUUUCUAAUGAUAUCAAUAGUAAAUAGAAAAACAUUAACUGUCAUUAUCCUUAAUAAAAUAUAAUAAAUAAUAAAUAUACUUUUUAAUUCAGUUUAUUUUUACUGAGUGGUAUUUUGUGCAGUACAUUUACUGACAGUCAAUUUACAUACUGACAACAUGACAUGUCCCUGAUAUGGACUAAGUUAAACUAUACCAUAAAUGAUACAUACCAUAUAACAGUGAACAGUGCAAAAUAAUUUAUUUUGUUCUUAUACAUGGAUAAGGGACAUUAUAUGUUUUUUCUAUUAUUCAUUAUUAAUCUUUGGAUUUUGGGUUAUUCUAGCACCUGAGAAAUUCUUGAGAAUCUCAAAACUGUGUAUGAUAUAGUGUUACAUAAACACAGAUGACUCAAAGUUUUAGCACUUUGAGACUUCUUUGAAAUGUAAAGAGCAUUACAAAUAAAAUGUAUUAUUAUUAUUAUUAUUAUUAUUAUUAUUAUAAACAGAAAUUAUAAUUUGUAUACAAUUAUUAAAUAUAAGUAAUAAGUAAUAUGGUGUUGUUCCUCAUUUACAGACUGCAGUAAUAAUUUUAUCAACACUGACAAGGUACUUUGAAUACUGAAGAGCUUUUCUGUCAGAGUAAGUAAAAACAAACAAAAAAAAGGGUUGUGAAUAUUACUUGAAAAGCAGAUAUGCAGAUAUGUCAUCUGUUUGGUCCAAGAGGCGUAGAAUUUGUAAGCUUGUUCAAGAAGCAGAAAGAGAUAUUGCACAGCAUUUUGAAUACACUCAAAUGCCCAGUUCAGCCUCUCCUUUAGAUCAAAAUGCAAAUCAUAGUCUCUCUGGUGAAACCCAGAAGGAACAUCCUUCCCCAGUCUCUCCUUUGUCUCAUGGUAGUGUUUGUUCUGGUAGUUUAGAAUACCAUGUUUGUAGAGAUUCCAACAGGAGAAUUCCAGAUUCUCAAAGUGUGCUUCAUGGGAUUUCUGUGUCUCCUGGAUGUGUCAGUUCUCCUGGAAGUGACAGUUCUGACUCUGAUUGUUGUGACAAUGAGUCAAAUGAGUCCAUGCUCCUCCACCAGUUAAAAGACUGGGCUACUACGUUCUCCAUUUCAUUGGUAGGACUCACUGCACUCCUGAACCUGCUCAGGAUGUAUCAUCCACAUUUACCUAGAGAUGGAAGAACAUUGCUUGGCACGCAGUCACAUGUAGCCACAAGAAAGGUAGGAAAUGGUGAAUACUACCAUUUUGGGUUGGAGCAAGGUAUACACCAGAAACUGAAAAGUCUCAAAAUCCAAAGCAGUCUACAAGGACUAAAACUACAGUUCAACAUUGAUGGUCUACCACUUUUCAGAAGCUCAAGAACCCAACUUUGGCCUAUUCUUUGUCUAGCUGAUUGUGAUUACUCCAAGUCUCCCUUUCUGGUGGGAUUGUACUGCGGAGUAACUAAGCCUGCAAGUGUUUUUGACUAUCUGGCUGACUUUGUGAAGGACUUGACAAAUGUGCUGGAGCAUGGCAUUGACUACAAUGGUAAACAGCUUGAAGUUUCAGUGUCAGCUUUUGUCUGUGACGCCCCAGCCAGAGCCUUUGUAAAGAACAUCAAGUCACAUAAUGGCUAUUCUGGAUGUGACAAGUGCAUGCAGGUGGGCAAAUGGCAUAAUAAAAUGACAUACCCGGAAACCAAUGCCAGACCAAGGACUGACUCCAAUUUCUGUGCUAUGGCUGAUGAAGAACAUCAUUUGGAAGGGAAACUUGGCCCUUUGACAGGAAUUGUAAAGAUGGUGUCCCAGUUUCCACUCGACUAUAUGCACCUGUGCUGUCUCGGGGUUAUGAGAAAACUUCUGCUUUUCUGGCUAAAAGGAAAAAAACUGGCGACCCGGCUUCCUUCAAAAACUGUUGGCUUGGUGUCCAAAAAUCUGCUAAAUCAACGGCCUUAUACACCCUCUGAAUUCUCUAGGAAACCAAGAGAGUUGACAGAAAUUGAUCGCUGGAAAGCAACAGAAUUACGCCAAUUCAUGAUUUAUACUGGUCCAGUGGUGCUUAAGAACUGCAUGCCACAGGAAGUAUAUGACAACUUCAUGCUUUUCUCUGUUGCCAUGUUUUUGCUCCUGACUCCAGACAUUUCCGAAGAAAAGUUGUGCUUCGCUGGCAACAUACUUGUGUGUUUUGUUAGACACUUUGGGGAGCUGUAUGGAAAGGAAGAGAUUGUUUUUAAUGUGCACCAGCUUGUCCACCUUGCAGAUGAAUACCGAAGAUUUGGGGCCUUGGACAAUGUUUCAGCCUUUCCCUUUGAAAACUGUUUGGGAAGAAUCAAGAAACUUGUAAGGAAGCCACACCAACCACUACAACAAGUAGUUAAAAGAUUAUCAGAAAUGCCAACAGCAUUGGUGCCCAUACCAACAUGCUCUGUAUCUUUACAACAUAAGCACCAUAAUGGACCUCUGCCUCCACAGUUUGGUACAGCUGACCAAUUUAACAAAAUUACCUGGAAUGAGUGCACCAUUUCCACAGAGCCAGGUGACAACUGCAUAGAGGUCGGCCAUGAAAUAGCUGUGGUCAAAAACAUAGUGAGGGCAGAAGAUGUCACGUAUGUCAUCUAUCAAACAUUCAAACAUAAGGAGAACAGCUUUUUGUACCCUUGUGCAUCAUCUUACAUUGGUUCUUAUCAAGUAUCUGGGCUGCACAGCAAUCUAGGAGUCUGUAGAGUUGAGCAUAUACAAAGAAAGUGUGCACUCUACAAAGACAGGGAUAGUUUUAUAGUCAUUCCACUUGCUCACAUGUUUGUUUAGAUUAAGGCUAGUGAGGAUCAGAGGUGCAUGUGCACAAAGGAAAGAAACAACUUGCUAAUGCAAUGGUGAAGAUGCGAUGAAGAACUUAAAAACAAAGAGAACAGACGGAAACAUUAACUAGUGAUACAGACAAACAGAAAAGAAACACAGACAAGGAAAAGCAGAAUCAUCACAGACAGGAAAUAAACAUGGACAAAGACAUGCAGAAUUGGACAGAGUAGGACAUUAAGAAAUGGUACAAUUGGAAACAAGUAGGAAAAUAGAAAAGAACCAACAUGCAAAUGAAACCUCACUAAAGCACUCAAAAACAAGAGAGCAGACAGACAUGUGAAGAACAGUCACAGACAAGCAGAAUUAGAAAACCAGAUAAGGAAGAGCACAAUUAGAAACACACAGGAUAGAGACAGACAAAGAAGAGUACAAGUGAAGUAAAACAAACAAGAACGAGACAGACAAAUAAAAACAGAUGUGUCGCAGACAAACAGGAAAGAAAAACAUACAAAGAAGGACACAAUUAUCGCAGACAAACAGGAAAGAAAAACAUACAAAGAAGGACACAAUUGUCACAGACAAACAGGAAAGAAAGACGGACAAAGAGGAGAAGAGAUGCCGCAGAACCACAGAAAAGAAGAAUUGUCACAAACAGGAAAGAAACAACCAAAGAAGGACACAACUGUCACAGACAAACAGGAAAGAAAGAUGGACAAAGAAGAGCAGAGUUGCCUCAGAACAACAGAAAAGCAGAAUUGUCACAAACAGGAAAGAAAAACAUACAAAGAAGGACACAAUUGUCACGGACAAACAGGAAAGAAAGACGGACAAAGAGGAGAAGAGAUGCCGCAGAACCACAUAAAAGCAGAAUCGUCACAAACAGGUGAGAAAAACAUACAAAGAAGGACACAAUUGUUACAGACAAACAGGAAAGAAAGACGGACAAAGAAGAGCAGAGAUGCUGCAGAACCACAGAAAAGCAGAAUUGUCACAAACAGGAAAGAAAAACGGCCAAAGAAGGACACAAUUGUCACAGACAAACAGGAAAGAAAGGUGGACAAAGAAGAGCAGAGUUGCCUCAGAACAACAGAAAAGCAGAAUUGUCACAAACAGGAAAGAAAAACAUACAAAGAAGGACACAAUUGUUACAGACAAACAGGAAAGAAAGACGGACAAAGAAGAGCAGAGAUGCUGCAGAACCACAGAAAAGAAGAAUUGUCACGAACAGGAAAGAAAAACAUUCAAAGAAGGACACAAUUGUUACAGACAAACAGGAAAGAAAGACGGACAAAGAAGAGCAGAGAUGCUGCAGAACCACAGAAAAGAAGAAUUGUCACGAACAGGAAAGAAAAACAUUCAAAGAAGGACACAAUUGUCACAGACAAACAGGAAAGAAAGACGGACAAAGAGGAGAAGAGAUGCCGCAGAACCACAUAAAAGCAGAAUAGUCACAAACAGGUGAGAAAAACAUACAAAGAAGGAAACAAUUGUCACAGACAAACAGGAAAGAAAGACGGACAAAGAAGAGCAGAGAUGCUGCAGAACCACAGAAAAGCAGAAUUGUCACAAACAGGAAAGAAAAGAACAGAUAAACAAAUAAACAUGAAAGAGACCCCAGAAGAGAAACAAGCCUAUUAAAAAUAUAACAAAAACAAACAGUAAAGAAGAAAAGCAACAACAAAAACAUUAUUGAAGCACCUAACAAAGAGAUCAGACAUAAGUAGUUUUAUAUGUUUUUUUAUAUUGUUCAAACUCUGUUCUUCAGUAUCCAAAGAUCAAUAAAAUCAAUCAAUAAAAAAACAAUAACAUAAGAAGCUUUUCACAUAAUAUUUUUAAACAAAAAUUGCUAAAAAUGUUUUGUUUCACAU